CAAGCAAACGUCACCACUCGCUGUCGCCCCCUGCACUCCACAGGUCAACACUUCCGCUUCCGGGCUGCUCCCCCCUGCCCUGCUUAAGAUAGACUCUCCCCGCACGGGCCGCGCUGACAUCACACGAAAAGACGCGCGCCCCCGCAGUCCACCUUAAGGAUGCCCGAGCUCCGCCUCCAGACAAGGGACAGGGCGGAGGCUCCCAGUGAGCAUGCGCGCUGAGAUCAAACGAACCCCCCCCCCGAAGAGGGCAAGGAUUAUGCGCAUGCGGUUUUUGCACCCGGGUAGCCAGAGGGCGGAAACUUUUUCAAAUGCGCAGAGGCAGAUGGGGCGUGGUCAAGAUGAGCUACUUCCGAGCGCCAGCGAGUACAGUGGCUGUUUUUCAAAACUAGGAGUGGGCUUCUCUCAACGCAUGCGCACUGAGGAUGACUUUGAUGACUUCUUGCUGAGUAAUAAUGAUGUUAUGCUCAGAAGUAUUGCUGAAGAUCUUCGAAAAUGCUUGCCCAUUGAAGGAAUGCUUAAUUCGGAACAUCUCGCUAUUCAGAGGAUGCAUCAGCAUCCAGAGCCUAUGAUUCAUGUUGAUGCAUUCCUUUAUGAUGACGACUUUGUUGAUUCAUUGUGUGAGGAAGGAAAAAUGAGUAGAAAUUAUUGUGUGGCGUGUGGAUCACACAAGACUGCACCUUUAGAGUUUAUUUCUCAUUCCUUUUCCCUCAUGGAGCUGAAGUUUCUUUAUCAACAUGUAUUGCCUGACCUGACAGGAAAGGCUCUGGUUGAUGUUGGCUCCAGGCUCGGUGCAGUGCUGUUCGCGGGCUGUCUUUACAGCUCAGCAUUCCAGUUAUAUGGAGUGGAAAUGAAUGCAGACUUUUGCCACUUGCAAGAAAUGAUGAUCACAAAAUACCAUUUCACUGACAGAGUAAAGGUGAUUCAUGCAGAUAUCUGUACUCAGGCUUUACUUCUUCAAAAUGCUGAUGUAGUUGUAAUGAAUAAUGUUUUUGAAUAUUUUCUUGACAGCCUGGAGCAAGCCAGAGCCUGGGAAUUUAUUAGUCAAAAUGUACGGAAAAAAGGGUUGUUAUUAGUGACAGUCCCAAGCCUUGAAGAAUCUCUCUCAAACCUGCAGAUGAACAUACAGCUCAGUCAGUGGGUAGAAGAGGUGCAGUUGGACUAUGAUGUGUACGUGGAAAAGGACAUUGAUAGAGAAGCACUUCAACAAAUUCAUUUAUACAAGAUUCUGUAAUGUGCCAACCUGUUUACUUGUAAUAGUGUAAAUUAGGUAGUCACUUGUUUGACACAGAACUCAUUGCUUUCAAUGGAAUUUGUGUGGCAGGAUGAAGUUUGAUCCCUAUAUCCAGGAAAUAUGGCAAAAAAAAAAUCUUAUAGUUUAUUUUAGAAACUACAUGUUUUUAGUAAUGAAAAAAUGAUGAAAAUGUGCUUUUGAGGGCAUAUUUGGACGUGUAAAAUUUCUUAAAGAAAUGUUCUUCAUGUCAGAAUACCACAUUGAACUUUAGCUAACAGUUCUGCCUGUGGCUGUUUUGGACAUAAGUAUUUGGAAGAAUGACUGACUGCAUCCUGACAACCAGGGAAUCCAUCUUGUGCACUGUUCAUUACGGUUAAAGUUAAAUACAAGCAUUUCAAAUGGAAAAUAAUGAACCAGUAUUAAUAGUGAGCCAGUAUUAAUUGUGAAUGUGAAUGUUAUUUAAUACAACUUCAUUUUAAAG